AUGCCUCCUCCUUCUCUCUCCUUUUAUUACUCCUACAUGCACGAAUUACGCUUCCUCAGUCUCAUCCGCCGAUUCCUUCGCUCCAAAUCCAAAUCAUCUCGUAAGCGAUUACGUUUCCCGUCUCAUCCAUCAUCGGAUAUUCUAUUUCCCGAAAUUGAACACAGUAUUGUUGAUGACGAUGAUCAGCUGGCCGCCUCCUCCUCCUCGGUGUUGCAGAGGACAGUGAAGAGCCUUCACUUCGGCGACGGAGAUGAGAAAGAGAGAGCCGCGAAGGAAAUUGAGAGGUUGAUUAAAAAAGAGAGCGGUAACUCGAAGGUUAGAAAGCUAAUUGUGGAUCUUGGAGUUAUUCCUGUUGAAGUUAAAUUAAUCUAAACUUAAUACAUGAAUUUGCAUUAUUAAAUAUGCAUGAAUAUGUGAGAUACAUGGAAUAGUUAAUAAUCACUAAAUACAUUGAUAUAUGAAUAGUCACAUGUAUUGAUAUUUAUUGUUAAUAUACUUUUCUACUAGUAUAAAUA